AUGUCGGGGGCCUCUGUGAAGGUGGCGGUCCGAGUCCGCCCUUUCAACUCCAGGGAGAUGAGCAAAGAGAGCAAAUGCAUCAUCCAGAUGUCGGGAAACACCACCACUAUCAUCAACCCUAAGCAACUUAAAGACAACAAGAGCUUCAACUUUGAUUACUCCUACUGGUCACAUACCUCGCCAGAGGAUGUGAACUACGCAUCCCAGAUGCUGGUCUACAAAGACAUCGGCGAGGAAAUGCUGCUCCACGCAUUCGAGGGUUACAACGUCUGCAUCUUUGCCUACGGACAGACGGGCGCCGGGAAGUCCUACACCAUGAUGGGCAAGCAGGACGUCAAAGAUCAACAGGGCAUUAUUCCACUGCUUUGUGAAGAUCUCUUUACCAAAAUCAAUGACAACACAGACAACAGCAUGUCCUACUCUGUGGAGGUGAGCUACAUGGAGAUCUACUGCGAGCGUGUGCGAGACUUGCUUAACCCCAAAAACAAAGGCAACCUGCGGGUGCGAGAACAUCCUCUCAUGGGUCCGUACGUGGAGGACUUGUCCAAGCUCGCCGUCACCUCCUACAAUGACAUCCAGGACCUGAUGGACUCUGGAAACAAAGCCAGGACGGUGGCUGCUACCAACAUGAACGAGACCAGCAGUCGCUCACACGCUGUUUUUAACAUCAUCUUUACUCAGAAACGCCAUGACGCCGAUACUGAUAAUACUUCUGAGAAGGUGAGUAAAAUCAGUUUGGUGGAUUUGGCCGGAAGUGAGAGAGCCGAUUCCACCGGAGCCAAAGGGACAAGACUGAAGGAAGGAGCCAACAUCAACAAAUCUCUAACAACGCUGGGAAAAGUCAUCUCUGCUUUGGCAGAAGUGGACUCUGGACCCAACAAGAACAAAAAGAAGAAGAAAGUGGAAAGCUUCAUUCCUUAUCGAGAUUCCGUGCUGACCUGGCUUCUCCGAGAGAACCUCGGCGGGAACUCUCGUACCGCCAUGGUGGCCGCCCUGAGCCCGGCCGACAUCAACUACGACGAGACGCUCAGCACGCUUAGGUAUGCAGACCGUGCCAAGCAGAUUCGAUGCAAUGCAGUCAUUAACGAGGACCCCAACAACCGGCUAGUGCGUGAGCUGAAGGAGGAAGUGUCACGUCUCAAAGACCUGCUCUUUGCUCAAGGUCUCGGGGACAUUAUUGAGAUGACCAACGCCAUGACGGGAAUGAGUCCUUCUCCGUCGCUGUCGGCCCUUUCGAGUCGUGCCGGCUCCAUCGCAAGCCUGCACGACCGCAUCAUGUUCAGCCCGGCCAAUGAGGAAGCCAUCGAGCGGCUGAAAGAAACUGAGAAAAUAAUCGCAGAGCUCAACGAGACGUGGGAAGAAAAACUUCGCCGGACUGAAGCUAUAAGAAUGGAACGAGAGGCCCUGCUGGCAGAAAUGGGCGUAGCCAUGCGCGAAGACGGCGGUACAGUCGGCGUCUUCUCUCCCAAGAAGACGCCUCAUCUGGUGAACCUAAAUGAGGACCCGCUGAUGUCCGAGUGCCUGCUCUAUUACAUCAAGGAUGGAAUAACAAGAGUUGGGCGUGUGGAUGCCGCCAGCCGCCAGGACAUCGUCCUCAGUGGCCACUUUAUCAAAGACGAGCACUGCACUUUCACCAGCGCCACCGGACCGCAAGGAGAAAUAGCGGUUGUCUUGGAACCCUGCGAAGGAGCUGAGACGUACGUCAAUGGCAAGAGAGUGACGGAGGCCACGGUUCUCAAAUCAGGGAAUCGCAUCAUCUUGGGAAAGAGCCACGUGUUCCGCUUCAACCACCCCGUGCAGGCGCGGGCUGAGAGGGAGCGAACCCCGUGCGCCGAGACCCCAGCCGAGCCCGUAGACUGGGCUUUUGCUCAGAGGGAGCUGCUGGAGAAGCAAGGCAUUGACAUGAAACAGGAGAUGGAGCAGAGGCUGCAGGAGCUUGAGGAUCAAUAUCGAAAAGAGAGAGAAGAGGCCAACAACUUGCUGGAGCAGCAAAGACUGGAUUACGAAAGCAAGCUAGAAGCGCUUCAGAAGCAGGUGGAUCGGUAUUACCCAGAAGCCCCUGAGGAAGAGGAAGAGCCAGAAGAGGAAGUUCAAUGGAGCGAGCGUGAACGAGAGCUAGCGGAGUGGAGCUUUCGCAGGUGGAGGUGCUAUCAGUUCACAUCUCUGCGAGACCUCCUGUGGGGAAAUGCCAUAUUCCUCAAGGAGGCGAACGCCAUCAGCGUGGAACUCAAAAAGAAGGUUCAGUUCCAGUUUGUGCUGUUGACGGACACCCUCUACUCGCCGCUGCCGCCGGACCUGCUGCCUUUCGAGGCUAGCAAAGAGCGUGAGAGGAGGGUCUUUCCGCAAACCAUCGUGGCCGUGGAGGUACAGGACCAGAAGAACGGAGCUACUCACUACUGGACCCUCGAAAAACUCAGGCAGAGACUGGACCUAAUGAGGGAAAUGUACGACCGUGCCGCAGAAGUCCCUCCUCCUCCUGCCCUCGCCACCCCAACCGGUACGACACCCUCAACAGACGAUGGCGAAGGCGCCAUGACGGGGGGAGACCCUUUCUACGACCGCUUCCCAUGGUUCCGUUUGGUUGGAAGAAACCCUCUUUUCAACACGUGCAUGAGCGAGCGCAUGAGCGACCCCACCCCGUCCCCCACUCUCUCCGCCUCCGAGACCACCGACUCCCCUCAGCGGGAGGCUCGCGUCGGCGAGGACGACGUGUCGGAGGAGCUGGACGACGAUAUCUUUUUGGACGAGCCGAGCUCGGAGCUGGCGGGGGAGGAGGAGGAGGAUGAUGAUGAGGAGGAGGAAGAGCGAGAGCUGUGCCCAGGCUCCAGCGAAGGCCAGGAUCCCUUUUACGACCGCUCGCCAUUAUUCAGUGUAGUGGGAAGGUCUUUUGUGUACCUCAGCAACCUGCUGUACCCCGUUCCUCUGGUGCACCGUGUGGCAGUUGUUAGCGAGCGGGGUGACGUCAAGGGCUUCCUGCGUGUGGCGGUGCAGGCCAUAUCAGCGGAUGAAGAAGCACCGGACUAUGGGUCAGGGGUGCGACAAUCUGGCACAGCAAAAAUUUCCUUUGAGGAUCAACAGUAUGAAAAGUUCCAGUCCGAGUCCUAUCCAGUGGGUCUUUCCCACGCCGGGGUCUCCCAAGAAGAACUUCGCAUUGUAGAGGGCGAAGGGCAAAGCGCAGAAACGGGACCUUCAGCAGAUGAAGUCAACAAUAACACAUGUGAGGAUGACACGGCAGGGAAGCCGGGACUGAACGGUCAAGCAGACGUGACGGCGGAACAUCUCAAAAUUGGGAAUGUUUUCACCUUCCGUGUGACUGUGCUGCAAGCGUUCAAUAUCUCUGCCGAAUACGCCGACAUCUUCUGCCAGUUCAAUUUCAUCCACCGUCACGACGAGGCCUUCUCCACAGAACCUCUGAAGAACACUGGACGUGGACCCCCGCUUGGCUUCUAUCAUGUCCAGAAUAUCGCCGUUGAAGUAACCAAAUCGUUCGUGGACUACAUCACAACUCAACCCAUCGUGUUUGAAGUGUUUGGACACUACCAGAAACAAGCUUUUCUUCCUCUCUGUAAAGACGUUAUCAGUCCACUGCGGCCCUGCAGGAGACAAUUUCCUCGUGUGAUGCCUCUGUCCAAACCAGUGCCCGCCACCAAGCUGACGGCGGUGGCGCGUCCGCAGUCCGGACCUUGCCACUGCAAGUACGACCUGAUGGUUUUCUUUGAAAUCUGCGAGCUGGAGGCUAACGGAGACUAUAUUCCUGCUGUGGUGGACCACAGGGGUGGAAUGCCGUGUCAUGGCACUUUCUUGCUGCAUCAGGGUCUCCAGAGAAGAAUCACGGUGACCAUCGUGCACGAAUCCGGCGGCGACAUCGAAUGGAGAGACGUUCGAGAGCUCGUCGUUGGACGACUCCGCAACACCCCCGAAUCUGAUGAAAGCAUUGUGGACCCCAAUAUCUUGUCCCUCAACAUCUUGUCCGCCAGCUACGUUAGACCUUUGCAUGACGACAGACAAUUUCUUGAUUCGGACAUGCCUAGGACAUUCUACCGCUUUGAAGCGGCGUGGGACAGCUCCAUGCACAACUCCUUGCUCCUCAACAGAGUCACGCCUUACGGAGAAAAGAUAUACAUGACGCUCUCAGCUUACUUGGAGAUGGAGAAAUGCACUCAGCCGGCCGUGGUGACCAAAGAUGUCUGCAUGGUGUUCUACUCUCGUGACACCAAGCUGUCCGCCUCACGUUCCAUACGAAAUCUUUUCGGUACGGGAAGCCUGAGAGCGGCGGACGGAAACCGCGUGACCGGCGUGUACGAGGUGAGCCUGUGCAAACUAGCGGACGCGGGGAGUCCGGGAAUGCAGCGGCGCCGGCGGCGGGUGCUGGACACGUCUGUAGCGUACGUCCGCGGCGAGGAAAACCUAGCCGGCUGGAGGCCUCGCAGCGACAGUCUCAUCCUGGAGCACCAGUGGGAGCUCGACAAGCUCAGCCUGCUUCAAGAUGUGGAGAAGACCAAACAUUUCCUGCUUCUGCGGGAGAAGCUAGAGUCCACCCUGUUGCCAGCGGGUCGGGGGGCUCAAAUUCUACCCGACAACGAGCCCGGCGACCCGACUCCCCCCUCAUUGGACGGCGCUGCGUCUGACAUCAUCACCGAGCGGCAGCGAGAGCUCGCCACCAAGUGUUUGCGACUGCUCACUCACUCCUUCGACAGAGAGUACACUCACGUGUGUGUCAGCGCUAGUGAAAGCAAGAUCUCAGAGAUGUCCGUCACUACGUUGAGAGACUCUGCCUCCAUCUCCGCUCUCAACACCAUCACGCCCUCGUCAACUUGCCCUUCCCUAGUGGAGGGUUGCUAUAACAACGCUGAUCUCAGACCUCCCGCUCCUCGCUCCCGCGCCGUCAGUCCAACUCCCGAACCGCCACUAGACGCUGACGCCAAGAAGUGCGCAGGCGCUUCUUCGGAAAGCAAACCUCGCAUACGUCGAUUUGUCCCUGAUAUCCAGGAGAUCAGAGUCAGCCCCAUCGUGUCCAAAAAGGGUUACCUCCACUUCCUGGAACCGCACACUAACGGCUGGGUGAAGCGCUAUGUGGCGGUACGCCGGCCGUACGUCUACAUCUACAACACAGAGCGUGACACAGUGGAACGCGCCAUCCUGAACCUGUCCUCAGCGCAGGUGGAAUACAGUGAGGACCAACAGGCCAUGCUCAAGACGCCUAACACGUUCGCCGUGGUUACGGAACACCGCGGGAUUUUGCUUCAAGCCACAAGCGACAAGGACAUGCACGACUGGUUGUACGCCUUCAAUCCUCUCCUGGCAGGGACUAUCAGAUCCAAGUUGUCCAGAAGACGAGUGGGUCCGAUGAGGAUGUGA